GCACUACUGUGCACUUGUGGGGCAGUCCCAUGUUACAGGACCUUGUCUGGCUGGGUUCUACUGCAGAGGAGGUGUUUCUGUUCCAACACCUACAGAUGGUCUUCUGGGGAACACGUGCCCAAAGGGGACUUACUGUCCUAUGGGCUCUGCCUUUCCACAGCCAUGUCCUCCUGGUUAUUACAGCAACUCAACUGGGAAUACUAGGAUCAAGGACUGUCUCCUAUGUGAUGCAGGGUAUUUCUGUGAUGGGACUGGACUUGUUUCUCCAACUGGAUUAUGUGAGGCUGGGUUUUACUGCAGUGGAGGAGCCAUUUCUCCUAAGCCUCCCAGGACAACGGUCAGAGGAGGACCCUGUCCACCGGGACAUUACUGUGAGGUGGGGAGCAGCAGAGCCCAGCCAUGCCCUGCAGGGAGUUACAGCCCAUCCUGGAGCAUGGCGCAGUGUCUGGAGUGCCCAGAAGGCUUUUACUGCACGGCUGCUUCUGCAAACUACACCGACUGCCCUGCAGGUCACUAUUGCCCCAGGAAUACAGAGUUUGCCACUCAGUAUCCCUGUCCCCCUGGAACCUACAGUGAAGCUUUAAACAUCUAUGAUACUUCCAAGUGCCAGCUGUGUCCUCCUGGAAGGGUCUGUUCCAAGCCAGGCCUAACAAGACCAGAUGGACUGUGCAUGCCUGGAUGGUUUUGUCCACCUGGAUCCACAUCAAGCAAACCAGUGUUCCUUGGCAAUCACUCUGCAGGCAUGGCAGCUCCAGCUUCUGGAUCUCUUGGCUUGUGCCAAGCAGGAACCUUUUGUCCUGCUGGGUCCUUUCUUCCUCUUCCCUGCACCCCAGGUUCAUACUGUGCAACAGCAGAGCUCUCGGCUCCAUCAGGUCCCUGUGAACCUGGCUUCUACUGCACAGGGGGCUCAGCACUCCCAAACCCCACGGAUGGAGCAGGAGGGAACAUUUGUCCUCGGGGCCACUUCUGUCCUGCAGGGAGUUCUUCUCCAUCUCCAUGUCCUCCAGGCUCCUUUUUGGCUCAUGAUGGGGGCCAGUCAGCAGAGGAUUGCCAGCCCUGCUCCCCAGGGUGGUUCUGCUCUCAGCACGGCCAGAGCUCCCCAGAGGGCUUGUGUAAAGAAGGAUGGUAUUGCCCAGAGGGCUCUGUGUCAGCCCAGCAUCCAGACUAUUUGUGUCCUGUGGGUCACUACUGCCCCCCUGGCAGCCCAGAGCCCAUACCCUGUCCCUCUGGAAAAUACCAGGAUCAGGCUGGGAAGAGCCAGUGUGAAACAUGCCCAGCAGGGAUGUAAGUGAAGUGGAUUCUCUCCUUGCCCUUGAUGCUUUCCUUUAGGAGUUAGCAUGUGCAUUUCCCUCUGCCUUAGACUGCUCUGUGUGUUGUAUCCUUUGAUACACAGGGCUGGUUUUCUUGGCUCUGUUAUCACCUUUCCCUUUAUCGUGUCAUUUUUCUGUACCACAGUCUGUGACCCAUAGAAAACCCAUCCUGGGAGCUCUGUCUGCUGGGAUGGACAAAAUGCUCCUGACAGGUUGCAUCUUAGCUCUCCAUUUACUUCCUUCCAUGUAAUUGACUUUCCUUUUAUCAUGGACUCUUAGACUGUCGCUGUUGUGCACAAGUUCCUUGGCCUCUGGCAGGACAGAGGGAAGAGCAUGGCCUGAAGCAAGACUUGGGCUCUUUUGGGCAGGUUCUGUGCCCUAGAAGCCCAUCCGGGUGAUCUCCAGAACUCCCCACAUGCUGUGGUCAAGGCAGUAGAAUGCGCAGCAGGAUACUACUGCCUGCCAGGAACAAAAGCUGCCAAUCAAUACCCGUGCCCAGAGGGCACCUACAGCAACCAAACUGGGCUGGCAAACCCCAGGGAAUGCAAGCCUUGUCCUGGAGGCAUGUUUUGUGCCGGUGCAGGACUCUCCUCCCCGAGUGGUCCUUGUUUGCCUGGGUAUUACUGCACUUCAGAGGCCCGAGUCCCCAACCCUGCCCAUGAGGAGGCAGGCAGCCUUUGCCCAGCAGGACAUUACUGCCCACCAGGCAGCAGCAAGCCAGAGCCCUGUCCUGCUGGCACCUUUCUGCCUCAGGCUGGCAUGGUUCAUGGUAAUGCCUGUGUGCCCUGCCCUGCGGGGAGGUUCUGCCAAGGAGAAGGCCUGCCCAGUGCUUCUGGAAUGUGUUACCCUGGGUAUUUCUGUCACCGUGGAGCCACGCAGCCAGAUCAGGAGCGCUGCCCCCCUGGCUCCUACUGUCCUGAAGGCUCUGAAUCCCCAGUCCCUUGCAGCCCUGGAAGCUUCAACCCUGACAGUGGGAAAUGGCAACCUGCAGCCUGUCAGCCCUGCCCAGCUGGGUACUUCUGCAGUGGCUCUGGAGCCCAUACUCCUGAGGUGUGUCCUGCUGGGUACUUCUGCCUGCCCGGCACCAACUCCAGUUCGGAGCACCCAUGUCCAAAGGGCACCUUUGGCCCCAGGAGUGGUGCCACCAAUGAGUCUGACUGUGAGCCCUGCCCUGCAGGCAUGUAUUGCUCAGCACCAGGCCUGUCACAGCCGUCUGGAUUGUGCUAUUCAGGUUAUCAUUGUGCCAAGGGAGCCAUCACCCCAGCCCCAUUCAAACACAGGGUGGAACCUUCCAGCCUUGGGCUGCCUGGGAAUGACAUCUGUCCUGCAGGGCACUUCUGUCCCAGUGGUACAGAGUAUCCCAUACCCUGUCCUCCUGGCUCCCUCUCCAGCAUGGUGGGGCUGGAGGCAGCGGGGCAGUGCCAGCCCUGCCCGCCUGGACGCUACUGCAGUGGGGCAGGACUGUCUGAUGCAGCCCAGACCCCGCUGUGUAACGCAGGGUAUGUUUGCCUGGAAGGAAACUCUGCUCCCUGCCCUUCUGAUGGGAUUCAUGGGUACAGAUGUCCCAGGGGUUUCUACUGUCCUGCAGGCACUGUGCUAGAGCUGCCCUGUGAGCCUGGCACAUUCAGCCCUGUGCCUGGGGCCAGUGCCUGCCUGCCUUGCCCUGCUGGUAUGGCCUGCAGCAGUGCAGCCACUGUUGAGCCACUGAGCUGCCCCAGAGGUCACUACUGUCCAGUUCAGACUGCUGUGCCCCUGCCAUGCCCCGAGGGGACACUGAGCCCUGUGGAGGGGGCAUUGGCCCGCAGUGCCUGCAAGCUGUGCCCAGUGGGGAGGUACUGCAGAGGAGAUGCCAACUGGGAGCCUGAUGGUCUGUGUGCAGCUGGCUACUACUGUGAAGGGGGAGCCACUGAUGCCAUUCCACGUGGGACACCUGCAUUCCCGCUCAGCGGGCCCUGCCCACUGGGGCACUAUUGUCCAGAGGGCACUCGUUUCCCAGUUCCCUGCCCAGCUGGGACCCUGAACAAUGCCACGGGUGGUGCCUCCCCGCAGAGCUGUGUGCCGUGCUACCCUGGCUCCUUCUGUGCUGGUGUUGGGCUGAGCUCUCCAACAGGACCUUGUGCUGAGGGGUUUUACUGCCCAGUGAACUUCAGCUCCGUCAGCCCCACAGCUUUCCUCUGCCCUAAGGGUCACUUCUGCAGCUCCGGGGCAGCCCGUCCAACGCCGUGCCCUGCUGGGCAGUACCAGCCAGCCAGCGGCUCUGCAGCCUGCAUCCCGUGCCAGAGAGGAUUCUACUGCCAGGAGCUGGUGGCGGGAGACCCCAGGCGCUGCCCCCCCCAUUCCUACUGCCCUACAGGCACAUGGGUUCCUCUCACAUGUCCUGAAGGCACCUUCACUCCUGCAAAUAUGAGUGGUCUGUGGAAUGAGAAGGAAUGCCUGCCUUGCUUACCUGGUCACUACUGCAGGCAUGGGCGGCUGGAGGGGAAAUGUGCUGCUGGAUACUUCUGCCUUGCUGGGAGCUCCCAGUCCACUCCCCAGGGCCACAGCUUCUCCUGGCGCUUGCUGACGGGGUGCCACUGGGGUCAGGAGUGCGCAGGGCUGUGUCCUGCAGGUUUCUACUGCCUGGAGGGAUCUGAGGUACCAACACCGUGUCCUGCGAAUACCAUUAGAGAUGUUCCAGGAGCUGUGAAGAGAGAAGACUGCCUCCCCUGUCCACCAGGCCACUGGUGCAAAGCAGGGGAUUCAGAGGCCUAUCCCUGCCCAUCAGGACACUAUUGCUUUGGAGGCAAUGGCAGUGAGCACAGCAGUCUCCUGGCACCUCAGAAAUGCCCUCCACAGACCUACCGCAGGCUCCCAGGAGCUCAGAGCCUGACAGAUUGCCAACCCUGUCCUCCUGGCUACCACUGCCCUUUCUCAGGUCUGAGCAGGUUUGAGGAUUACCCCUGCCCCCCUGGAUACUGGUGCCCAGGUAAAGGGGAUGCUUUCCUUUGUCCAGCUGGCACUUCCAGGAUCCAGCCUGGUGCAAAAUCAUUGGAAGAGUGUGCUCCCUGCUCCCCUGGAUACUUCUGCCCGGAUCCAGCAGAGACAGGGCUGCCUAACACCCAGGGAGUACCUUGUAAAGCUGGCUAUGAGUGCCCAGCAGGUUCAGUAAAUCCCAAGCCUUGCAGGCCUGGCCUGUACUGUGCUGCUCACACAGCCCUGCCCUCCAUGUGCCCUGCUGGGUAUUACUGUCCUGAAGGAUCAUCAACGUACAACAGCCCUGAGCAGCUGUGUGUGUUUCCCUACUACUGCCCCCCAGGCAGUGCCCAUCCGCUGCCGUGUGAAGGAGGGUCCAUGGCCCUCAGCUUGCCUGGUCCAAGGGAUUCACCUGAGAAGUUCUGCAGGAUCUGUGAUGCCGGCACCUACCGCAGUGACCCCCUCAUCAUGUCACCCUGCCAGCCCUGCCCUGCAGGCUUCAUAUGCCCACAAGGCAGUGAGAGCUACCACAAGAAGCCUUGUCCCAGUGGCCACUACUGCCCUGCCCUGGCAUCUGCCCCUCUGCCCUGUCCCCCGGGCACCCACAGGAGCAGCAGCUUCGCGAAGCACAUGGAGGACUGCCAGGCCUGUCCUGCUGGCACCUUCAAUCACCUCCCUGCCCAGGCUGCCUGCUUCCCCUGCGGCAGCUCUUCAUCCUCUCAGCCUGGUGCAACCAGCUGUACCUGCCAUGGGCUGAACCGGGCUUUCCAGCCGUCGGAUGCCUCCUGCAUCUGCCAGGCAGGUUACAUUUACUAUGAUGAGAGAGGCAAGAUGGACCCUGACAGCAACAGCGAUCAGGAUUGCCGCCCCCAGGUGGAUGAGCUGUGCGCCCCAGGAGCGGUCCGGCUCGCAGCCACACGCCAGUGCGUGCUUCCCCAGCGGUACGACUGCUCCCCUGCCUGCGGGCCCGCCGGGGGAGAGCUGAACGCAGAGCUGGGCAUAUGUCACUGCAAGCAGUAUGUCUCUGCUGAGGAGCUGUGUGACCAGCUGUGUCUGCUGAGAGCCCCACAGAUCUCCUUGGGAUUUGGCAUCAACAGAGAGCUGCUGCUGCGGAUGAAUGGAGGAGAAGUGUGGGAAGUGGGAAACGUUCUGGGCCCAGACGAACACGUGCAGAAAAGCCAGCGGGUGCAUUUGGUUCUGUUCAGUCCCACUGGAGUGCUGGGUUUCAUUGCCUCCAGCACGGAUGUUCUGGAUGCGUUUCUCACACGAGACUUUCCAUCACAUCACUUGCUACAGAAAGGUCGUCGAAUCCAGAGGGCUUCCUCCACAGACACCCACACCUUGCCCCUUGUUCCUAACCCAGUAGUAUGCCUGGAAGCAGGAGACACAAUCCUUUUCCAGCUCAGCAUCGAUUCCCACAAUCGUGCAUCCAGCCAUUACCCUGUCUACCAGAAGCAGCAUCUCUAUAACAGCAACCCAAGCUGGGAUUUUGGAGCCUUCCGAAGGCUGGACCACCUCAUCCAGGAGACUCACCUCAACAUCUCCUGGUUUGCCCAUGUUUUCCUGGAGUCUGGGACAUACGUUUUCAGGGACAGGACCAUUCAGGAGCACUUCCUGAUCGUGACUGUGAAUGAAGCAACCGUGGGUUGUGACCCCCGAGAUGUGUCCUUCCAGCCCUCCUCCCUGUUCCAGCUGGCCAGACAUGGAGUUCUGAAGCAACAGGACCUGAACUUGGCUCCUAACUGGGCCACUAUCACAGCAGUCCUUUUUGUUCUGGGCUCCCUAAUUGUGGUGCUGGCAACCCUGGCUGUAGUGCUCCAGCCUGCUGUGCCCAUCAUCAGCCCCAUGAAGGGUUGGAAGCCACGAUGGAGGAGCCUGGGUGAGCCACACGUCCCACCAGAGUACAUCCUCCUUAAAGACAGCCUUCAGUUCUAUCAGACAGUCGGUCCUCGUGCUUCUGGAGAAGAUGCUGGCUUUGAAGAGAAGGGAGCUGUGCAUAAUGCAGAAGAGCAUUUGACACGGAGGCUUCUGGAGGAUUUCAGUGUUCGCACCCUCUACGAUAAGCUGGAAGAUCAGAACUUGCAUCUGGCGUCUCAGCUGGCCAAGCACAGGAUGGACGUGCAGGUGUUCUACAGUGGAGUCAGCCAGCAGAUCCAGAGUCUCACGGACAUGCUGCAAGCACUGGACACUGAAGACUUGAGAAGGGCUCAUGAGCACAAACGUGCAGAGAGCAGCGGGGCAGCAGCGUGUGCUGAGCAAUGUGAUGGGCCCUGUGGACACGACUGCCAAGCAGGUGCUCCAUGGCAAGAGGCAGCAGAGCUAAUGAAAGCUCUGGAGAUGCUGCUGGGGAACGCUCUGUACAAGAAUGCGUCCCUGAAGCGGGCCGUGGAGCAGAAGGUCCAAGGGCAGGAUGUGGUGGCAGUUGUGCCCUCCCUGGACAGCCUGGCCAGUGAAGGUAAACCAGAAGCAAUGGAAGGGCAGGGUCAUGAACUGCCUCAGCAGUGGGAGCUCUUCAGUGGGAAAGAUGGUUUUUUCUGCUUCCCUGGACAUGAAGAACACAGUUUAGAUGUCCAGUUGGCUUACCUGAGCGAGCUGGAGGUGGAGAGCCUGAUAGCAGCUUCUCCCCUUGCCAAGACUCUGUGUGAGAUCAAGCAAGCUUUGGUGAACCUGCAGCAACCUUCAGACGUUGGUAAUGCAGGAUGCAGCAUCUGAGGAGCAGCCUCAUCCCAGGACCUGAGUCCACAGCUCCCAGGCACAGCUGAUGGGUUUUUUGCCUACUUAAAGCUCCACUUCUCUAGUUUCUGUCUUUAUUGUGUAGUGUUUUAUAUAAGGAAACUUCUAUUAAAAGCCUGUUCACUGAC